AUGGGCGAUGUAUUCUUGGGCUUUAGGCCGAGGCCGAGCGACAUUUUGAUAGCUAUCAUGGGAAUGACUGGGUCUGGAAAGAGCACUUUCAUCUCGCUGUGCACUGGACAAGAUGUUCCCGUUGGCCACGAUCUGCAAGCUUGUACACAGCACGUCACUGCAUACCAAUGCAAAUGGUCAGAUACCUCUGACAUAUAUCUCCUGGACACUCCGGGGUUCGAUGAUACGAAUCGAUCAGAUACCGAAGUUCUCAAAGAGAUUGCUUUAUGUCUUGCCAAGACAUAUGAAGACAAUGUCAAACUGAGCGGGAUCCUAUACCUUCAUAAAAUCACAGAUCGUCGUAUGGGCGGAUCUGCUCAAAAGAACCUCAUGAUGUUCCGGAAGCUCUGUGGUAAGGACAGUCUCAAGAACGUUAUUCUUGUCACUACGAUGUGGGAAGCCGAGAAUGCAGCCAUGGGAGAAAAGCGAGAGCAAGAGCUGAUCGCCACGGAUGGUUUCUGGGGAGCCCUGGUCGAAGAAGGUGCUCAAGUCAAUCGUCACAAUAAUACCCUCUCAUCCGCAAUGUCCCUGCUCAAAACUGCUGCCAAAAACAAUCGAGUCACUAUUUCCAUUAAAAAGGAAAUGGUUAGUGAGCAUAAAGAUCUGAAUGAGACUGAAGCGGGUAUUGGCCUUAACUCGGACAUUCUUCUAGCUGAGCAAAGGGUUAUCAAGGAGAUGUCAGAAGCCCUCGAAAUGGAGAGGCAAGCCAGGAAGGACCAGGACGAAAAGUCAGCCGAAGAACAACGUCAAUAUCGCGAGACGAUGAAGAAAAAGAUUGAAUAUCUCAAUCAAGAACGAAAAGAUCUCAAGGUCAGUCUUGAAGAGAUGAAGGAACAGAGGCGCCGCUUCAAAGUCCUAGAAGGCAAGUAUAAGGAAAGUCAAGAGCGUGUACGCCAGCAGGACAAGAAGAUCGAGAGUCUAGAAAAGGAAGGCAAACAACGCAAAUCCCGAGAAGAAGAUAUGCUUCGCCAAACUGAAGAGGCCACUAGGGAACUAGCGAGCCUCCGCCUCCAGCUUAGUGAAAGAGGUAAUGCUACAAUGGGAAUCUCGAGUAUGAGACCUCGAAGUUCAGGGUCUCAGUACGUAGGGGACUCCAGCUAUGUCAGGUUGUUUCUAUCGGGAACAGGCUAUUUCUUUGGGGGCAAAAGCGGAUAUCAUGGUUAUUACAGUGCCGAUCUAACAAGACUGACGGACGAGAAUGACAAGCGCAGAAUUUGUGCGCUUGGUACUAAUGGAUCAUGGCUCUACCACUAUCAUACUGGAAGUAACUUGAACUGUUGGACAUGCUGGUCCGACUCAUUUCCAACUGAGUAUCCCAAACUUGCUGCUUGGCUAGAUAAGCACCAAAUGUUUGGGUGUCCCCGACACAUAAGUCUCGGUCCUGAUGGAAACUUUUACAUUGCCAUGAUGGACAGCUCGAUUAAAUGGUGUAUACCAAAGUCUGUGUCCGAAACGAUCACCGCAUGGAUUAAUAAAAGGACUAUAAGGUCCAUCCAGAGGCUUUGGCUUGGUUACAAUAACAAUUACGUGGCUGAGAUUUCCGACGCUGAAUAUUUUUACAGGGUCGAUAAUUACAAGGACUUAAAAUCCCACAUGGAAAGUCUGGAACUCGAAAUUGGUCUGGACUAUAUAAAUAGCGAAAGGCCGCCAAUCAAGCAACUUGCUAUGAAUAUUGAAGCUCCUAGAGGAUUCGUUCUGAUCAGGGACGGAGGAGAAGUAUUUUGGCAUAAGGGAAUAAGUGGCAACCAAUUUGACGAGGCAAAAUUGCAAAGGUUCAAAAAUGAUAACGAGAACUCUUGGUAG